AUGACCUGGCUUCGCCAGGAAGUUCCCGGCACCUGGCUCGCACUGUGUGUCAAUUCCGCGGUGGCGGCCGUAGUACACCCGGCCUCAGUCCAGCAUUUGGUUGACCUUGGUGCAGUAGAGUUCUUAUCUAAGCUUCGUUCUAAUGUGGAGCCAAAUCUACAGGCUGCAAUUGAUGGCAUUCUGGAUGGACUAUUUAUUCUUCCUUCAGAAGUUCCAACACUGCAUUCUACAUCUUCCCAAGCCAAUCCAACUGAAUUGUUGCGAGAAUUCAGUGAGACUGUGCCUGCAAGGCGCUUACCACAGGGCCUGGCAUGUAUAAGCACAGCGAUCUCUUUAAGAAGUAAUAACCACACUUUAAUCUGGAAUACCUGUGAACUCUUGAAGGAUGUUAUCAUGCAAGAUUUUCCUGCUGAGAUUUUCCUUCAAAGGCCCAAAAUUGUCCAGGGCCUUUUAUCUCUGCUGAAGCUGGCUUUUGGAGGAGAUGGGAAGCAUCGCCUGGCUCUGCAGUCCAUGUCAUGCUUGCAGCAGCUGUGCACAAACUUAAGAAACAGACUCAACUUUCACCGAGACCCAGGCUUUUUCUCUAGUAAACAAGGGUGUUUUCCGUAUUCAUGGUUUAUUUUUUGUCUGUUUUACAGUGGAAGCAGUAGUCAUGCUCAUGUGAACUCCAGGAUGUCUGUCCCUUCUCCCCUAGAUGUGGGGCACGUGGACCUGCCCGAGCUGGGAGCUGAAGACACCCUGGGACUGCAGCUCCAGCAGCUCAGUCUCCCCCAGUUCUGUGUCUCCGUUCUGGAAUCAGCAGUUCCUCUCUUGAGGACAGGUAGUAGACAAAUGAUAAUAAGAGUUCUGGAAUUGCUUGCAGAGGAUAUGAUUCUUAUUGGUGAUGCAGUUUCAGCAGAUAUCUGGGAUGACAGCAGCCUUUUUGCUAUAGAUAUGAAGGAGAAAUUGCUCACAGUGUUUGAGUCACUUGGCGAAACCAUGUCCCACCAUAAGAGCAGUGCCAGUUGGGAGCAGCCGGAGGCGAUGCUGGUGCAUCACAGAAUGGCCUUCGUCAGCAUCUCUCUCUUCACAGUGCGGCUCUUACAAACACUGCUCCCUGUAGAAAAGGCAAGCCAGUUUUUACCAGAACCUAUGUCAGCAGCAUUAUUCCUUCUUUCUUUGGACGUGCCCUUUUCUUUGGAAUAUCCAAAUAUUCAUGAAGCUGUUGUGGCCUAUUUGGAACAGCUGAAUUCUGAAAACUACAGCAUUUACAAAAGGACAGCAGAGACUGUUUAUUCAGUUGAGUGCACCUGUAACUUCAUGUUUGAUGUUGGGAAGGAGGGAGAGAAGAAUCUCUUAGAAUUACUGGAGCUGGCAGACCAAGCCUUGCGUAGCUUUUCUUUUCAUCAGCAUUUUCCCCUAAUAAAGGAAAUCAUCUGCAUUUGUUCAAAAAUCUGGAAAUCUGCACAGGCCAGCCCGUUACUACAAGGAGAAAGUCAGAAGGUGUUUCUGCGUUUGUUGUCUCAUCCAUUGCUAAAAGUGAAAGUUGAAACUUACCACUGCUGUCUGGAAAUUAUUAAGGAAUGCUUAGGUGUCCGUAACGUCACUAAGCCUGUGUCUUCAAUUUGUAAUGGAAUUCAUUUUCUACUUCAUCCAAAAGUUCUCUAUGAAAUCUCCACAUUCGGCAUUCAAGAACCCCAAAAUGAGGUGAAUGCUGCUGCCAAGGCCAUUCUGGCCAGUACAAUUCUAAUUUUCAAAUUGAAAAGUUAAGCAAUAAAUAUAAAGUCAAGCUAUAAUUUCUCUUUUUAAAAAAUCUCUCAGGGCUAUGCAGACACAGAAGACACUUUAGGUAACUGUAUUCUCUUCCUGAGUAAAGUGGGCUCUGAGGCAGGAGAAGGAGUUCUGCCCUACACGACCUGGUUCAAGUCGGUGCUACGGCUCUUACUUGUGAAGAAGCCAGCGUUUAGCACCCAUUUCCCCAUCUUUUACCAGGAAUGUGCCCACAUCAUUCUGGACUUGAUGCAGUCAGUGGGGGAAAAGAGGAGUGUGGAGACUGUUGAGAAAGUAUAUGAGAUCUUUACCUCAGAUGAUGUUGAUUUUGUUCUGAGAAAAUCAGCUGCAGAGCAGUUAGCUGUAAUUAUGCAAGUUUCCUUGAUAUUCCACGAAGAUUGUGCUGUUGUGAUGGAAGUAGGAGCAUUGUUUUGUCUUCUAUUAUUUGAUGAAGUAUCAAGAAUGGACAUAUGGUCUGUUAAUCCUUCCAAUAAACCUUCUUUGCCAUCAAUCUUCAGUUUGCCUCUUUCAGUUAUUAGAAGGUAUCAUCUUCCAGUACAUGUCCAUGGCCAUCAUGCUGUGAGUCCUUACUCCAUAGUCUUGCCUUUAUCUGCUGACUGUUUGGCCUUGAAGCCAGUGUCAAAUAUGUUAAGAGUGGCUUGGAACCUGUCGUGGUAUCAUGGGAUUGACAACCUGUUGAAGCAAAUGAACUCGGAAACUAAAAUCCAAGAAUUUUUAGGUACAUUAAAGUUAUCCACAGAGGACACCCUUACCCUGAAGAUAACACACACAGCCAGUGGGCUGCAGGAUUGCCUCCAUUCCAUUGUUCAGGCUGCAGCCCACAGGGAGGUCAGGGCUGCUGUCACUAGGAUGAGUUUUUAUCUUCUGAAUGACAGACUGUCUUUAAAGAGUGGCACUGGCCCGUGUAGGGUUACCUUGAAGUCCUUGGCUUGGCACACGGCACUGAACAGGUUUUUACAAGUGCUUCCUGCUUGCACUGAAGAUGAGAAACUGCUAAUAGAUGUCAUGCAUUUUUUAAAUAAGUUAAUGAAGGAGCAAAGGAAAAAUUCAUCAGUAGAACUUCUGAACUGGAUUCUAGAUUUAGUUCUUAGACAUGUAAGUAUUGUCAAAGAAUUUGGAUCUCAUUGCUCUUGUUUUGUGGUUGAUUUUUUUCCCCCUUGCAUGUAUAGGAAAUGCUUGGAACUUCUUCGCAUUUUCCACACUCAGCUGGCUCUGAGACUGCUGCAGUGUCUGCGAGUGACAGAUGCCCCCCAUUUCUAUGGCCUACCUUCCCUGGAGCGGACCCUGCGGGGCAUGGCACACCUCACUGCAGCUCCAGGCUGGAGUGCCCACUCUCCACUGACAAAGCCGCUUGACAUUUGUGCCAAGUACUUGUCAGGUCUGCUUGAGGUUAUUACUUCUUUUUAUGUGGAGCGUGGAGGGAAUGCUAUGUCCUUUAUGGGGAAAGGUGUCACCAAGAGCACAGUGCUUUGCCUGCUUCACUUAUCACAUGAGAUGAUGACCCAGGCCCAGAGCUUGGACUGGAUGUCACUUUGGUUUCUGCCUCUGGGUGGCCACAAUGAAGAGCAUGUUUCUUCUCAACAAGGACUGGCUUGGCUUAUUCCGUUAUGGGUUGAUCGGGACCCAGAGGUGAGAUUCACUUCUCUGGGGUUAGGAUCAGCAUUAACUACCCUUGAAGCUGGCUGUGUAGCCUUGGCAAACAGUUGUCAGAACAUUUCUGGUGGGCUCUGGGGAACUGUGGUGAACAUUCUUCUGGACCAGUCAGAAUGUAGUAUGGUGCGCCGGGAGGCCGCAUUUAUUCUUCAGAAUCUCCUUGUAAUUCCAAUGCCUACAGAAAUUAUAAAGGAUUAUACUUGGCAGGGCCCCUGUGUCCAUGACGAGGACUCUGGCGUGUCACUUGUAGGAAAACCUGCCCUUCAGGCCCUUUUAUACCAUUGUCAUUUUUAUGAACAUUUGAAUCAGAUGGUACAGCAUUGUUUCCUAGGACGGUAUACAUUUGAUUUGAAUUGUUCUGCCUUUGAUGGAACUUCAGAAGGCAGCGAUUUAAAUAGUUUAGACGACUCAUUCAAGUUUUGGAGGGCUCCAUCUGUGCUGUCCAGUCGAGAUCAAGAUCCAGGUUCUCUCUCCACCUUGGAAACAAUGGUGACACCUUCAGUGGGGAGUGCAGAAUUUCAGCCACUUGUACCAGCAGCAACGCUUAUAUCCGAAGCCUCCCAUGACCAGUUUGUGGUUCCAGGUCAGCAUGAAACUACAUCACCACAGCCACCUCAUGAUUCAUCCAUUUCUGCUCUUCUGCCAAAACAGUGUGUUUUGGUCACUCCCUCUCUUCUUUCAGCAAUAUGCAGCCUCUUAGACAACCUCUUGGUGAUUGCUCCAAGAGACACUGCAAAUGCUCUUCGACAAGCCCAUCUCAUCAAGCUUCUAUGCGGUAUUGCAGCUCCUGCCCUCAUAGAAAAGUGUGUCCAGGAACUCAGGACCUCCCUGCCUUCCUCGUCUCCAGUUGAACACACUCUGGCGCAGGUGAAUUUCCCACUCCCGCCUUUGUGCAUUGUGUCUCUGUAUAAUCUGAAAUUAUUCUCUCUUUUAGAUAUGUUCUGCAAAUGUGUGGGUUUGUCUGCCACAUGCCCUACCCUAUGUAUUACCAGCCUGCAAUUCCUUUCUCUUCUUUUGAUGGAAGAAGCAAAAAGAUGUCUCCAGGAUAAGGAUAAAACAAUUAUAUGCCACAGUCCAACAGUGGCUUCGCUUCUUGAUAAAACUAAGGAAAAUCAGGAGUCGCUAGAACGACUUAAUGAAGUAAUUCUUCAGUGCUAUGAAGGAAAAUCCUCCAAAGAUCCCCUGAAGAGAGUUGCUGCCCAAGCCUUGAUGUCACUCCUGGCUGUCAGCAGAAGGGCACAAAGACACGCUCUGAAAGCUGAUCUCAUAGACAACUGCAUGGAGCAGAUGAAGCAUAUUCAUGCACAACUGAACCUAGAUUCCCUGAGGCCUGGGAAAGCAGCCCUGAAAAGAAAGGAGGAUGGUUUUAUUAAAGAGUUAAGCACUGCCAUGCAGCUCCUAAGAAACUGUCUUUAUCAAAAUGAAGAAUGUAAAGAAGCAGCUCUUGAGGCUUAUCUUGUCCCUGUCUUGCACUCCCUCUGGCCUUGGCUUCUGAUGGAUGAUUCACUGAUGCAAAUUGCCCUGCAGCUACUUUGUGUCUAUACUGCAAAUUAUCCAAAUGGUUGCAGUUCUCUUUGUUGGUCCAGUUAUGGACAGUAUCCUGUUCAACCUGCAUGUAGAGGGGCUCCCAGCAGCUCCCUGAUGCUGUGCAUUAUGAAGUUGGCAUCCCAGAUGCCUCUGGAGAACAGUGCUGUUCAGCAGACGGUAUUCAUGUUCCUCUCCAACCUCGCCUUGUCUCAUGACUGCAAAGGGGUCAUUCAGAAGAGCAACUUCUUACAGAACUUUCUGUCUCUAACAUUGCCAAAAGGAGGAAAUAAACAUCUCAGUAACCUGACCAUUCUGUGGUUGAAGUUACUCCUGAACGUAUCGUUUGGAGAAGAUGGGCAACAGAUGAUCCUGAGGCUCGACGGCUGUUUGGACUUACUCACAGAGAUGAGCAAGUACAAGCACAAGAGCAGUCCCUGUAUACCUCUCCUUAUCUUCCACAAUAUUUGCUUUGGUCCUGCUAAUAAGCCCAAGAUACUGGCUAACGAAAAAGUCAUUACUGUGCUAGCUGCCUGUCUGGAAAGUGAGAAUCAAAAUGCUCAGAGGAUUGGAGCUGCUGCACUUUGGGCUCUGAGUCACAAUUAUCAGAAGGCAAAAACAACUUUGAAAAAUCCGUCAAUAAAAAGAAGAGUGGAUGAAGCAUAUUCCUUAGCAAAGAAAACUUUCUCAGACUCAGAAGAAAGCUCUCUCAAUGCCUAUUAUUUGCGAUGUCUUGAAAACCUCGUGCAGCUGCUCAGCUCCUCCUGAGCACCAGGAGAGGCUCGCCCUGACAGUGACAGUUACCUGGCAGGGAGCAGCACUGGAGCAGGUGUGUGUAGCAGCAGCUACCUGAAGACACACUAAGUCUCUGUAAGGUGUCGAUGCCCUUACUUCCCCAUGAGAAGUAGAAUGGGAACAUCUCAAACUCCGUCCAUUCAGCAGCUCUCCAUAAAGAAGAGCAGAUGAUAAGAUGAUGGAAAAAGAGGCACAGAACAUUCCGGGACAUAAAUAUUUUUACCUUUUUCUAUGCAAUGUGCUUUGUAAAAAUCCUAUUUAACAGUUAUUUAAUAAAACAUUUUUGGAACUGAAAAUUGACUAAUUGCUAUUUGUAGACUUUUAUCGGUCUUAUGAAUACAAAAUUUAAGAAUGGAAAAAAAGCAUAGUGUUCUAGUUUCCUUUUUUAUGUUUAUUUAUUUUAAUUUUUACAUGAAAUUUAGCUCUUAUCUGUCAGUACAAAUCUUUUUUUUCAAACCUUUGUA